AUGGCCCACCAAGCACACGCAUACCAUAUAGUUGACCCAAGCCCAUGACCACUAACCGGCGCAGUCGGAGCUUUAUUAUUAACAUCCGGCUUAGCAAUCUGAUUUCACUUCCACUCUAUUACACUUAUAACCCUUGGACUAAUACUUCUAUUUCUAACAAUAUACCAAUGAUGACGAGACAUUAUCCGAGAAGGAACAUUUCAAGGCCACCACACACCCCCAGUACAAAAAGGCUUACGAUACGGUAUAAUCCUGUUCAUUACAUCUGAAGUAUUCUUUUUCCUAGGAUUUUUCUGAGCCUUUUACCACUCAAGCCUGGCACCCACCCCGGAGCUAGGAGGAUGCUGACCACCAACAGGAGUUACCACCCUGGACCCAUUUGAAGUACCACUACUUAAUACAGCUGUUCUUUUAGCAUCAGGAGUUACAGUAACAUGGGCCCACCAUAGUUUAAUAGAAAAUAACCGCAAACAAGCUAUUCAAUCACUAACACUGACAAUUUUAUUAGGACUUUACUUUACCACCUUACAAGCCACAGAAUACUAUGAAGCGCCCUUCACAAUCGCAGACGGAGUUUAUGGUUCAACAUUCUUUGUGGCCACAGGAUUCCACGGAUUACACGUUAUUAUUGGAUCUUCAUUCCUGGCCAUCUGCCUACUCCGACAAAUCCAAUAUCACUUUACAUCCGAGCACCACUUCGGCUUUGAAGCUGCCGCAUGAUACUGACACUUCGUAGACGUAGUAUGACUAUUCCUUUACGUAUCAAUUUAUUGAUGAGGCUCAU